AUGGCUCUCUUCGGUUCCUCCUCCAGCGCGGCCCCCGCCACCUCCUCCCCGGAACAGCAAGAGAUCAAAACCGCCAUCGUCAAGCAGCUCCAAGCCGAAGCUGCCAUGGCCAAUGCCCGGCAACUUAUCGGCAAAGUCAACGAACACUGCUUCGACCACUGCGUGCCCUCGCCCGGCUCGACCAUGACCCCCGGAGAGUCAAGCUGCCUGUCCUCGUGCAUGGAGAAGUACAUCUCGCUCUGGAACGUCACCAGCAAAGCAUAUCUCAGCCGUGCCUCGGCCGAAAGGAAGAACAACGGCAUUGACACAAUUGCGAUGAACUCAUUGGCUACUGGUGGACCGGCGCCCCAGUCAAGUCUGUAA